CUUCCCACCUUGUUGACUCCGUCGAUGGCGGCGCGGAGACCAGGAACCUCGGCUUCUUCUUCACCCACGAUGUCUCCGUCGCAUCGGAUGAACAGCGGCGGAGCAGGAAUCUCGGGCAAAAGCACGCUACGGAAGCAAAACGCCGUCGAGCUGCUCGCGAAAGUCAUGGAGAAGCACGACUAUGAUUAUGAUUACGACGAUGAAGACGGAGGCGAAGAUCUGUACUAGUCUACGUACACUAAUGAAUCUUUCUGUUUUAACAUGUUUUACAUUGCUUGUUUGGUUGUUCCGCUAUUACCAUUGCAAUUAAUGAUAUGUUUCACAGUUUCAUAUAGAUAACUUAUAUACGCAACUAUGCAUAUUUUCAUGUAAUAAAAUGACUUUUUUAUU